AUGACUACUCAGGACCUGUAUCACGCCAACCUUCGGCCACUGAUCAUCACCUCCAAGAUCGUCGGGGCGGAAAUAUGGACCUCCACCAAGCGGUACACACCAGCGUCCUUUUCCAUCAUGAUCCAGAUAGUCAUCUACUUUGGCUGUAAUAUCUGGACCGCCGUCCGGUUCCGGCAGGACAUUAUACAAAUGAUGAAGAUCAUCAAUUGCGCAGGCAUUGCAUUGCAGCUGACUAUCAAGUUUUUCAUUGCCCUCUCGUUGAAGGAGCGUCUGAAGAAGCUGUCCGACCAUACCGAAACCCAUCUAUAUGUCCGCUAUGGAUCGGAAAAGGAACCAGAGAACCAGCUUGUUCGGACAUGUGCUGAACGGCUCAGCAUCAUCUGGAAAGUGAUGGCUUUCCUGUACUGCUCAACGCUGUUCGUGUUUGCUCUGUAUCCACUUUUCAUUUACAUUACCGAAUCUAAGCUAAUUCCUUUGUUUAUGUUUGAAGUUCCUGGCAUAGAUUGGCACACGACACAAGGAUAUAUUAUAACCGUUGCAGUACAGGUAUGUACCUAUGUGAUGGGUCUCUGUGGAAUGAUUCUGGCAGAUUAUUUGUUCGUGUACCUUGUUUUUCACGGAAUGACGAUGAUUGAUAUUUUUGAGCUGCACAUGGAGCAACUUACAGCAAAAUUGAAGAGCAAAUCUAAUGAAGACGAACCUGAAAUUGAAAAAUCGUGGAAAAAUUGUCUGAAGGAUCAUAUUUCCUUUACCAAGUUCUUUAAAGAUAUUGAAGACAUGUUAGCGCUAAUAUGCCUGAUCCAAAUAUUCACGGGAGUUUUUGCUAUCUGUGACAAUAUGGUUCUUAUGCUGCUGACUGACUGGUAUGCAGCCUAUCUAUUUCUUUUGGUGUGUUUUGUGCAACUGACAAUUUAUUUCCUCUUAGGAAAUGCACUUGAAUUGAAAGUUGAUUCACUCCACGCAUGUCUGACACAUUUCCCAUGGGAUCUUCUCACCGUUACUCAACAAAAGGAAUACUGCUUUGUGAUGUGUCGGAUGAGGAAAUCUUUCAUGAUUACCAUGUACGGUUUCUCACCAUUGAAUUUUGAAUCAUACAUGUCGAUACUUCGUUUGCUGUACCAGUUCUUUAUGAUGAUUUUCAACUUUGUGCAGUAG